AUGGUUCUUGCAGAGUAUCUGUUACUCCACAUUGGCGAUCAUCCCUUUCCCUCUGUCAGACCUCAGAUCGCACACGAGAUGGAGCGUGAAUUCGUGCGUUGCGAAUUCGACGCAUUUAUGAAAGCGUAUCUCCCUUUCGUGCCGGAUGACGCAGAUGUUAAGGAAUGCAUCGACAAGAAGCUCAGACCUCGGCAGCUUAUGGGGGGCACCGACGCGUCCAAACUUUGCUUUAAUCAUUAUCGGGCACCCCCGACCACCGCAAGCUCGGAAAUGGAGACUUACAAAUCGAUACAAGACAUCGCUCACGCUGUUGGCCUAUACGCACACCCUACCCGGAAGCGUAAUCAGUUCCACUAUCGGGAUACCCCCUAUAGCCAUAUCACUUCCGAAACUUUUGGCUCUACUCACAAAGUAGACGCUUGCUUCACGUCCGACCCUACCCCUUCUCGUUCAAAUAAUAAAGCCAUGAAAUUAAACACAACUUCGAUGGCUGUGCCACUUGGGUUCAAGUUGUCUUCGUCCAAGAGACACGAGGUCAUUCACUUUCAUUUGCCUGAAAUUUUCUACGUUCUAACGAGAUCCCGGUUUCAGAACAACAAAAAAAUCGUGUCGGCGAACGUCCAGAUCAUGAACGGUGACGUUCGUCGCAUGUUUACAUUUGGAAUCACAAUUGAAUGUGAUCAAGUCACUUUAUGGUUUCAUUGUCGAUCGCAUUCUGCGAUUUCCGUGCCAUUUAGUUUUGUAACGGAACCUAAGAAAUUGAUCAAGGUGUUCAUGUCUAUCCUGUUUGCAACGGAUGAAGCUCGGUUACGACCCGUUGGUAACGAUGGCGGGCCAGUUCGACAUUUUCAAGUGAUCCGGCCAAUAUCGAUAUACCGUUCCAAUAACAUUACGGGUCGCAUGUCACGGAUAUUCAAAGUCACGGAAGUCAAUUCUAAUCCCCCAUCUACUUUUGUUCUGAAAGAUGUUUGGAUUGAAGAAUCUGCGAACACAGAGGGACAGAUUCAGGAAGCCAUUUUCGCCGACAUUGAGAAAUUUUGGCAAGAAACCACCCUCCCCGAAGAAAAAGAAGGUCUCGCCAAUCUCAAAAGGAAGCAUGCAGCGCUUGUUGCCAGUAAAGGGUACAAGGAUUAUUUUCUUUCCAUUGAAACCGACCUAGAAGGCUCCUUGUCUAAGGACAUUGUUCCUGCAUAUUCUCUCCAGAGAGGACUGUUCAACCCUCCCCUACGUGCAAAGCAACGUUCAGUUUUCUCCGGCCAAGGUUCCCGUCAUUCUGCUGGAACACCGCGUCCAAUCUCAAAUGCAGAGAAGCCUCAGACCUUGCAUAGGGACUACCUGCAGAAGAAGCAAUAUCGUGUCGUUUUUAAGGAGGUGUGCAAGUCGAUUGGGGAGUUGGUCUACGUCGGAGAAGUGAUUGAUGUGCUACGUCAAGUUCUCACCCCUUUGCAGCUCAUGUUCUGCGCUGGCUGGGUUCACCGUGAUAUCAGCUGUGGCAAUAUCUUAGCUCAUAUGCAUGAUGCUAAAUGGCAGGUCAAGCUGUCUGAUCUAGAAUAUGCAAAGCAGUUUCCCCCGCCACAAGAUUACAAACCUGCUACUGACCCUAAAACUGGGACACCUUAUUUUAUGCCACAUGAAAUUCUCGACCGGCGGUACCUCUACAUAGCUUCAGAUGCUGCACCUGACAAAUUCGCCAGUUAUGCGCAGCUCCGCAAACAGAAGGACCAGAAGGAUGCCGACACUCAGCAACCUGCCACUCCCGAUGUCACUGUUUCUCAAGGGGAACAAGUCCAAGACUCCGUGCCUCAGAUAGAAACGACUGUGCAAAAGGACAGCACAGUGUUUAAUGCACAGAAAGAGCUCCCUGCUGAGGCUAUCAGCGACUCCUCCAAUACCGAGCAAGUUGACCAUCCCAAGCUCGAUCAAUUGCCACCACUCAACCGUAGGAAUCAAGGCAACGGUGAUCAGUCUGACGGCGACGUAUUCGGUCCCUUUGAGCAUGAAGAAACAAACCCUUUUUUAGAGGGGAGCGUAGUCAUUAACGAUGGACCGGAGGACUCUGACGCAAGCUACGAGGACGAGGACGAUGACGAUGACGAUGACGAUGCAGAGACAAAACCCAACCGGAUAGUCGUCCACAAUUUCCAACACGACUUGGAAUCCCUCUGGUGGGUGCUACUAUGGAACAUUACCGCCCGUAGUAAUCGAAAGAUCUCCAACGAGUGGGCGAGAGAUGUCUUUCACAACUCCCUCAAUCUAACUUGGGCCCGACGAGCCUGUAUCAUCGACGAGGUUUUGACCGACAUGAAGCGUAUUCUGGCAAAGCCUCUGAAGUGUUUUGCACCCCAUAUUGAGGACCUUAGGCAUUUCUUGAAACGAGAAUACGUCACCCGUGAAGAGCUCGGCGACCUUGAUUCUUUCGAAUCAUACGUUCCGAUCCACAAUGCGUUCGAAACCGUCUUUAAUUCCCUUCUUUCCGAGCUUCCUUCUACCUGGCGCAAAGUAAAGCUUGUAGUCAAUGGUCCAGAGGACGGUAGCGGGGAGGAAAUUCUUCACACGACUCUAUCCCCAGGCUCAGGUGCACAACGUGAAGAUAAUGUUGCCGGGACAGAGGCCAAUGGUCCCACCGCGGCUGCUAGCGGCGUCGCGCAGUUGGAAAAGCCUGCCCGAAUCAAACGGGAGCUGUCAGAGGAUGAAUUGACGCCUGCUCGACGUGCAGGCCCGUCCAAACGCUCAAAACGAGGCAAUGCUGAUUGA